AUGGAUUUGAGAAACGCGGGCAAUUUCUUCGCGGUCUUGGAAGACAUGCUAGACUUGGCAGAGCAAGAGCCCGAAAAGCCCCGAAACAACAACCACCCGUCUCGGGCGUACGUCCGAGACGCAAAAGCGAUGGCGGCGACGCCGGCGGACGUGGUGGAGUACCCGAACGCGUACGUGUUCGUGGUGGACAUGCCGGGAAUCGAGGCGGGACAAAUUAAAGUGCAGGUGGAGAACGACAACGUUUUGGUGCUGAGCGGGAAGCGAAGGCGGGAGGAAGAGAUCAAGGAGAGUGGGGUGAAGUACGUGAGGAUGGAGAGGAGGAUUGGGAAGUUCAUGAGGAAGUUUGUGCUGCCGGAGAAUGCCAAUUUGGAUGCGAUUUCGGCGGUGGCUAAAGAUGGGGUUCUCACUGUGAGGGUGGAGAAGCUGCCUCCGCCGGAGCCCAAGAGGCCCAAGACCAUCCACGUCAAUGUUGCUUGA